AUGAACACACUGGACACCAACAACCCCGACAACCCCGAUAAGACGGGCGCGACGGUCGAGAUUGCCUCGGGGGAGCCAUCGCGCUCUCCCAGCACCGACCCCGCGGAACAGUUACGGGACUUUGAGGAGAUUCACGAGUGGGAUCCGAAUCUUCCUGAGGAGAAGCGUGAUGCGGUCAAGUCUGCGCUGAAUGCCGGCGAUGUCGAGGCUGAGAUCGCUCUCGAGGGGGAACUCGAAGAAGACUCUCCUUAUCCAGAAGUCCGUGCUGCAGUUCGCAAUUACGAUGAGGAUGUUCCAGUCAACACGAUUCGGGCUUGGACACUUGGUCUCAUUUUCUCGACCAUUGGUUCUGCUUUGAACAUGCUCUUCUCUAUGCGUGCUCCCAGUAUUAUCAUCUCCUCAGUCGUGGCCCUGCUUGUCAGCUGGCCUUGUGGUAUGGCCUGGGAGAAGUUUAUGCCCAAGCGAAAAUUUCGUACCUUUGGAAAGGAGUGGAGCUUGAACCCGGGGCCUUUCAACAUGAAGGAACACACAAUCAUUACUAUUAUGGCCAACGUCACUUUCGGAACUGGUCCAGCUUACUCUACGGAUACUCUCCUUGCCAUGAGCGCCUUCUACAAGAAGAAUCUGGGAUGGGGAUUUCAGCUCUUGUUCACCUUCACGACCCAAAUUCUCGGUUUCGGUCUGGCUGGAAUCUUUCGGCGAUUCCUUGUCUGGCCCGCUGCCAUGAUCUGGCCCGUCCAGCUUCCAAGCGCGGCCCUCUUCUACGCUCUGCACAAGAGUGAAAAGGUCAAUCCGGCCGAGACUGGCGGCUGGAUAAUGUCCCGCUACCGCUGGUUCCUGAUCAUUUUUGGAGCAGGUUUUGUGUGGUAUUGGUUCCCCGGGUACAUCUGGCAAGGGUUGAGUGUCUUUGCCUUUGUCACCUGGAUCCGUCCUCAGAAUCCUGUCAUCAACCAAGUCUUUGGUGGCUGGACCGGAAUAUCGGUUCUCCCCAUUACGUUUGACUGGACCCAAAUCGCUGGCUACAACCAAAGCCCUCUAGUUGCUCCUUGGCAUGCCAUUGCCAACACUUUGAUUGGCUUGUUCGUUUUCUUUGUCGUCGUUACUUGCGGCAUUCAUUUCUCGGGUUCCUGGUAUUCCGCCUAUCUUCCCAUUAGUGAUUCCGGCAGUUACGACAACACCUUCACUCCUUACAAUGUGAGCCGCAUUCUGACUCCAGAGAUGACUCUUAACUUGGCCGAGUACAAGAAGUACUCUCCUCUUUUCCUUUCCACCACUUUUGCCCUCUGCUAUGGCCUUUCCUUUGCCACCAUUACUGCGGUCAUCUUCCACACCGCCCUCUUCAACGGCAAGGAGAUCUGGAAGAAGGCCCGGGAGGCUCGCAACCAAGAGGAUGACAUCCACAUGCGGAUGAUGAAAAAGUAUCCCGACGUACCCGACUGGUGGUACAUGGUUCUGUUUGUCAUCACACUCGGUGUCUCAUUCGGCGUCGUGUGCGGCUAUGACACUCACUUGUCUGCAUGGGCCUUUGUCAUCUCCAUUAUCAUUUCUAUUGUCUGGAUGGUGCCGAUCGGUAUGAUUCAGGCAGUGACUAACAUUCAGAUUGGGUUGAACGUGCUCACCGAGUUCUUGGUUGGAUAUAUCCAGCCCGGUCGCCCUCUGGCCAUGAUGAUGUUCAAGACAUAUGGGUACAUUACCAUGCUCCAGGGUCUCAUCUUCUCUGAAGACUUGAAGCUCGGCCACUACAUGAAGCUACCACCUCGGACUCUGUUCGCGACGCAGAUUGUCUCGACACUGUGGUCUUCCAUUGUCCAGAUUGCCGUCAUGAACUGGGCCCUCGGCAGCAUCAAGGGCGUUUGCGAGCAUGACCAGCCCGACAACUACACCUGCCCUGGCGGUCGGGUGUUCUUCAAUGCCUCUGUCAUCUGGGGUCUUAUUGGCCCGCAGCGCAUCUUCUCCCCCGGCUCCAUCUACAGCCAGACGCAAUGGUUCUGGCUCAUUGGCGCCAUCUUGCCCUGCCUCUUUUACAUUCUCGCUCGUCUGUUCCCCAAGAGCAAUCUCCGCUACCUCAACGCGCCCGUCAUCUUUGGAGGCACUGGUACGCUUCCCCCUGCGACGCCGCUCAACUUUUGGGCCUGGGGCCUUGUCGGCUGGUUCUUUAACAGCUUCCUCCGCCGCACUCGUCGCGGCUGGUGGAUGUCGUACAACUAUGUCACCUCUGCGGCGCUCGACUCUGGCCUUGCCAUUUCCACCAUUGUCAUCUUCCUCACUCUCUUCAUGACCAAUACCAACCCGCCAAACUGGUGGGGCAACAAUGUCGUCCUAGGUGCCAUGGAUUAUCAAGGAACCGCUGUCCAAAAGACUGUGCCUCCUGGCGGCAAGUUUGGUCCAGAAACUUGGUAA